GUGUAAGUUAAAAACAAAACUUCUAAAAAGUGGUGAUAGCACCUACAUCCAUACCUGCCCUACUCUAAAGUAUGAGCGUAAUAAGCAGUCUAUGGAAGCACAAAGCUUAAGAUAAGGAGGCCAUAUUUGCUAUCACCAUGAAGGUGUUUUGGCAGCAAUUAGUAUAAGAGGGGUACAUUAGCCUGAGGCAAUCACAGUGAAAGUGAUGUCAGUGUAAAAAAGCAUCUCAUCUGCUCUCAAGAAUAUAAAGGCAAAUAUGGUGUCACAAGCUCAAGCCCCACAAAGCAUGGGCUCAACCAAUGUAGUGUUUAGGACAGAAACUCGCUUUGAUCCCUCCUACUUGAAAACAACUCCUGGAAUUAUGAAAGCUACUGUGAUUGUCCUUAACCUCCUGGGCUUUAUCUGCAUACAAUCAUCAGCGUUCUGGUCGAACGGGCGCGGCGUGUACUUCAACAUCGUGGCGCACCUCGGCCUGUGGUUCAGCGCGGCGCUGUUGCUUGUGUACGUGUUCCACCUGGUGGAGAAGUACCACCGCUUCAGGUGGCUGCAGGUGGAGCUGGUCGCGUGCGGCGUACUGGCGUUCUUGUACUUGAUCGCGUCCACCAUCGUGGUGGCCUUCGGCUCCGCUGCCUACUCUGCGGCUGGGUUCUUCGGUUACCUGGCGAUGGUGCUGUACGGCUUGGAUGCGUUCAUCAAGGCGCACCAGAUACAGGCGGCCGAGAUCGCGCAAGGCACCUGCGUGCCCGCCAAGCCCGUGCACGUCACCACACCGCCCGCCGCGCCGUGACGUGGCGGGCGCGGGCCACACAACCAUCGCUAUCCCAUCCGUAGCCACUGCUGGACUGAAGGACUGUUGAUCGCAGUCGUACGUACUACUUCCGCGGUAAGACUCUGUCCUGCCGUCACCACACAGCGUCGCUACAUACCACUUCCCUGUUCCCACACAACAGUCUAACUACAGCAUGGAUAUUGCAUUAAUGGCAAGAAUCCUCCUCCUACAAGAUAAUCCUAUAAAUUUUAGGGUAAGCAGUGCUUUUGUGCAUCUACGAAGUGCACGCCACUGGCCUAGAGACAUCGUAUUCGACCUCGUUUUUUACAUAUUUUGAAAUCAGUGUUAAUAGUUUCCACAGUUUAAGUAAACAGUAUACUUUAUUACCAGGGGUAUUUUAAGACUACGAUUUUUGAAGUCGAUUUAGUUUAAGUUAAAAUUAUUAUUUAAGUCAUGUAAAAAUGUAUAUAACUUUUAUUUAUUUUGUGUCCUAUGUGUUAUCUUUUUUUAUCAUAUUUGUAUUUUUGUAUUUGUUGCUUCUAAACACGAUGCGAUGGUGGAUCAUUAAAUAUAGUAAACAUAUAACAUAUAUUGUUUUAUAACAUAUGUUGUAUGCGUUGGCAACCCAAAAUUCACAAUAAUAGUGGGAAAAAAAGUGUAUGGCUUACUGCUUUUGUAUAAACAGUAUUAUUUUAAAAUAAUAGUUCAUUUGACAUUCCAAAAAUAAGGAUUAUAAUUGAAGAGUACACGGAAAGAAUGAUCGAAGUUUUUUUUAUAAAUUAGACGAUAAAUGAUUUGUUCACUUAGAAGACUCAUAAUAAUAAUUUCUGCCUUAAAAUUACUGCUAGUACUUUGGUUUCAUUAUUUACUAAAAAAUUGAAAUAUUUUAUAUUUUUCAAGUUCAAGGCCCAAACCAUAUAAAUAAUCAAAGUCUUAGUGGAAAUAUUCUAGUUGCUUGGGACUUUAUUUGUGGUCUUGUGGUGUGUUUUCCUCUAUUAUCAGGUUGAACUACUCCAGACUUCAACUGUUGCUUUUAAAUUGUUAUUCCAUAAAGGGAUAAAAUGCCGUAUAACAAAUCUGAAUUUCUAAAUUAGUAUCAGUAGUUUGUUGUAACACUUUGACUCUGAAACUGUAUGCUGCAUCUCGUAAAUUAUUUAUUUAUUUAUUUAUUAGUAAUCCAACAGCGUUACAAACAAUUU